UCUAGUGCAAAUUGUUUUGAAAUUAUUGGCUAUCCGGAAUGGUGGGGAACACGUCCACGUCUUGGUCAGCAAAAUCGCCAGAAAUUUUCUCCUCUUGAUAGUUCUGCACGACGUGGGGACCGCAGCACUCCAAGCCAAAGCAAGGCCCAUACACGCGUCUUAGCUACAGCAGUAACCGGGUCCAUGCCAGCUGCUGACCUCGGCAGAGAAGUCCUCACGCAGCUGCCUUCUACAGUUGCUGAUUUUCAGCCCAUCUCUGGACCCACACGUACUGUUCCCUCAAUCUAUCAACAUGGAUCCCACAAUUUCAGCACCAGCCAGCUUCUGUCGAGCCAAACUGCUGCACCUUCUCCUGCGGCGCACCAUCUCUUCAUGCCGGACAGCUUGAACGCCGUGAACACUGUUCCGCAACAACACACUGGCAGCUCUCAUAUCAACCAAAAUAUCUCAGGUUUUUCUGAUAAUCAAUGGCAGGCUCUCGUAGCUGCUUUUGGUCAGCCCAUCUCACCAACCAGUCGUAUGCAUGGACCCUCAAAUGAGGAAGCUGAUUGGACUGGGUAAGCGUCGGGAUGGACUUUACUAUUUCUUCGUGGACAGCAGCACUCAUGCUCUUGCACUUCCGAGUUCCUCUUUGCCAAUGGAUAUUUGGCAUCAACGUUUGGGUCAUCCUUCUGAAAAUGUAAUGUCCUGGUUAUUUCCUAUUUCUCGUAAACAUGUGCCUACACCAUGUGAAAUUUGUCACAAAGCUAAACAGUCCAGAAAACCUUUCCCUUUGAGUUCUAAUAAAACUACCCAG